AUGAGGUCUCAGUCUCUGAAACUUUACAUCUUAAAGAACCCCGUCCAGUAUAAGUUCUGGUUCUUUAUCAACUCGACAGGGUUUGAGUACGUCAUGUUCGUCUUGAUCCUGCUCAACACUGUCACGCUCGCUAUUCAGCAUUACGAACAGUCCAAAACCUUCAGCUACGUCAUGAACAUCCUCAACAUGGUCUUCACUGGACUCUUCACUGUGGAGAUGCUUCUGAAGCUGCUUGCUCUCAGAGCCAGGCAUUACUUUAUUGACCCCUGGAACUCCUUUGAUGCUUUGAUCAUGGUUGGCAGCGUGGUCGACAUCGUCGUCACUGAGUUCAGCGUGAGUACUGAUGCACGUCGUCAUGUUUGA